AGCGGCUACAUCUGGAGCUUUACUCUGAUCAGUCACAGCAGACGGGCAAUCAAAGAUGAAGCCAACGGAGGGAGACGAGACACCGCUGAGGAUAAAUGCGUUCACCGUCAUUCCAAAACAGAAAUAUCGAAGAAGUUGCAGGCAUCUGCCACCCAAGAAAGAUGACGACGGGCUGGAAAGUCUCCACCUACAGAAUAGCUGCGGCUACUUCCAGAUAAUGCCGCUGGAGAUUUUUCACAAAGUCUUGUGCUAUCUCUCAGUGAGCGAUAUCAGCGUUCUGAGCAUGACGUCAAAAGUGGUCAGCACUCUCGUGGUGGGUUACAUUGCCACUAACUCCGGGAUCACACGACUUUUACUGCAGGGGUUUCACUCGACAGACAUUUCGAAGAAAUCGCUCGUCAUCAAACACUACAGAUCAUUAGGCUUGCUAUUUAAGAGAUGUACCCUCCUGUUGCCCACUAAGCAGAGACUAAAGUUUGCACAUAACCAGUUGUUCAAGAAUCCAUGCUUCAGGAUAGGCGGCUGUACCACGCUUGUAGAAUGUUCUGGAUUUGCCUGUUUUGGAACAUUAUUACAGACCCUGAUCGCAGGCUGGGACGAGCUCGAAUGCAAUCGCGUGUUUAACUUUCUGAACGAAACCGCGAAUCUACCACGGAAAAUGCAAAGCGUCGUAUGCAGCAGGCCAGGUGCGACCAAGAAACUGGAGUUGCAGGUCCGGCUAUUCUACCGACGAGUUCUCUUAGAUCACUGGGAGCAUCAGCAUGAUACGGCUUUCUGGCUAACCCGCAUCCUAAAGCCAUGGCCAAUAGUCAACCAAGCAAGACUGCUGUAUUUACUCUAUGGGCCUAUGUUCAUUACUGAUGGUGGUCAGAUUCAGUGGCAUCAGAUGACUCAAAUACCCGCCAAUGAGGAAAGCGUGAAGGAUUUGGCGGUGGCAGUCAGACUGCUGCAUGAACACAAAAAGGAAUGGACAGCUGAUGACAUCUUCACCCUGUUGGAGGAAUUAGCAGGUUUCCCUCAAGAGUGGCUCCUGGAGAAUUGUGCCCGGCUUCUGAUAUGUUGUGGCAACAACAUGUGUUUUACUUUUCUGGCCAAUAAAGCUGUGAAUGGGAGGCUAAAUGAGCUGGCCACACUCAUCGUUUUCCUGUCUUUGGUAUGUGAAAAGGAUGGUUACUGCAUGGACUGGGCUGUAAAAAUGGUGCAGAGAAUCUGUAAGGUGAUAGCUAACAGUGAAAGCAGGUGGAACUUUCUACAGGCAAUCGAGAAGGUCUAUGCUCGGGUGACCAUAGACAUGAUCGAGUCCAUAUUGUUUAGUGGCCUCGAAGGGGAUGAAGGCAUCACCUACAACAUGUACAACAUGGUGAAUGCCCAAGCUGAGUUUCACAAAGAGAUCAUGCUUCGUGCCUUCAACAACGUACUCACAUGAAAGGCAUUUUGGGAACAGCAAUCACUGCCUUAAUACACAUGUACACACUCGCAUAUAUUAUACAGCACCUACGUUGUGGUCGAAUUGAACCAGCUUCUGUUUUGUUUGCUUUUCACAAGAGAUCGAAUAACCAAAGAUUAUUGGGUUUAUGGUCUUUUAGACGCAGAGAGAGAAAAACAAUCCCCACACACUGACUGUUACAGAAACCGUGCUCGGGUUGACUACAGAAACAAAGUUUGUAGACUGAACAGACCACCAGCUGCUAUACCCCCAGUAAACCCACACACAAGGUAGAUACCAAUUCACGGUCUCUAGAGGCACCGAUUUAUGCAUUUAUUCCUUUUGAAAGGAGCCUAGUUUUGAUUAACUAAUUUCCCUGUCCUAUUUUUUAUUAAUUCUCACCAUCUCUCCUUUGAUACCACCCACACACGCCAUUGCCUAGCUAAGAGUGGGAGAGAGAGAGAGGUGGUGGCGGUGUUUGCAACCUGCUUCUAGGCUCCCACCAAUACAUUGGCUCAAGAUGUCCGAUAGGAGCAAGUCCAGCUUGACUUUUCCCUCCCAUCGUCCCUUGACUUCUGCUCACCAUUUUUCCCAUGAAUUAAUACGGCUGAAAUCAGGACCUUGUUGGAUGAGAAAUCAAAGCCACGCAGUCUGUAGUAGAGCUUCAAAGCAUCGCUUCACCACAACACCAAAUACAUUUAUUAGUCCUGUCAUUUUCCCAGUCAAAUCAAAUUUAAUAAUUAAUGCUUUCACUUAACUGAGCCCCAGUUAACUCGUCUCUUGUUUGGGAGAAAUUGCAACUGUGCUUUUGUCAGCAGUCUUUAUUGUUUUUGCUGCUGUUGGUUUCCGUACAUCGCGGGAAACUAGAAAACGUCAGAGGACUUAUCCUGAAAUUGUACUCUUCCAACAAUAUCGUUCAGCCACACCGCAGUUGGGUUCUCAUUGCGUUAAUUGCCAACUGGGAUAAGAAAAAUCUAAAAUGUUUCUAGAUUUUCAUGUACUUGCAGUCGACCUGUAAAUAAGUGACUUGACUUGCUGAUCACAGCCGUCUCGUCUCGGGUAAUUAAUUAAUAGCUUCUCUUAGGUGAGUGCGAAACUUGGUCUCUCAUACACUGUACAAAUGUUUUCGCGUUGAAACACCCAAGUAACACUGAAUUCCCAGCGAUAUUCUCGGUUCCACGUACUGAGUCUGACAUACCUCUUCUCUUCGCCCUCUCCCCACACCCCCCCCA